UUUGGUCAUUGGUGUAGCGGUUUUUAGAAACUCUGUGUACCUAUUUAAUACAACACGUUUAGCAAUCAUGGGAACUGUCUACUAUGCGAUUUGGAUGAUUAAGCAGUGGGAUUGAAGCAUGGACGGUGUGGGGAAAGAGAAAAAAAGGUUCACACGGAAUGAACAACUGUAUUCAAGGAUUAUUAUUAUGCUACAUGUUGUGGAUUACUGAUUCUGUAUAUUGAAGCUUGUUUCCAAGGAGUGGAUCAGACUUACAUCUACGCCAAACGAUGAAGCAGACAGAUUAUCACAAACCCCCGUUACAAGACGUUAGUCCACGAGACAUUAAAUCCACGCACAUCUACGACGUCCAACCAAAGAUGUACCAGAAGUCAUCAAAUGACUACUAUGACAUUAGAAAGUCUCCGGAUUAUGACAUUCCACCUCCGAGUGGUGCAAAGACAAUAGGUGGAGUAACACGAAGAAUGAAGAAAGGAGAAGCAUCGACUCAAUCCAGACCCAAAUCUUGGCAUAAUCCAGACCCAAGUCAGACCAGGGAAAACCCAAUGGUUAGAACAUCCUCCAUUCCAGUAGCUCAGCAGCCGCCAAGCAGGACAACAGGGUACAUAUCCCCUCGACAACAUCCACAGCGGACUGCCCAAUCGUCUCCGCCAAUGGAAACAAUGGAAAACCUUACCAUUAUGAAAACAUUCCAUGCCAGGACAAUGAGGCAAAACAACACUCAGUCCAUGAUGAACUUGCAAGGAUGUCAGGAUGAGAACGAUAUAGAUCCAGGCCUUGUCAAGCGGCGGGUGUCUGAAUACAUCUCUUCCAGUACUAGAGAACUGAGCACAGCGGGAAAGGAUAAAGAUCUGUACUUUGUCAACGAAAAGAAGGGAAUGCUUUUCGUCAACAAUCCCAAUUUCGGGAAUGUGGAGUUGCAACCGGCGGAGACUUACCCUAAAGUCGCCACAGCAACGCAGUUGCAGAGUGCGCAGCAGCAAGCGUUCAUCGGCAGAGUGCCCGAUGCGCAACCACGACCCGAGUCUCAGCAACAGACGUAUAGCACCUCCCAAGUAGUAAGCUACUCAACAGUACAGAUGCCACAGAGGCAGUAUGCAAGCUCAGCCGAUAUACACAUCGGCAGCAAGUACUGGGAUGAGAAUACACAGUCCUUUAAACAAAGACGCAUGUCACCAACAUCGGGGAAUAUGUACCAUGCUGUACCGAGAGUGACGCCAUCCCCAACCCCAAGAGAGCCUCCCAGGCCACCUCGGCGUGGUGACUCGCGGAAUAAAGCUCACCAGAUCGGUGAACACAUGAAGUCCUCGUCGUGGCCAGUACAAACCAAUACACAGGAAUCCAGACGCAAUGACAAUAACUGCACUCCCAACUCGGUCAUUUCACCGACGGAUAUACCACCUGUCAAGCUUCCUUCUAAGCAAGACCAGGGUCGCUCGAUGCACAGUAAAGGUAACUCAGUAAGCGGUGACUCAGAACCCUACUCAUACGAGAGUAAGCCGGUUCUGAGUUCCACUGCUGCUCCUUUGUACUCGUCACAGCAACCUGGAAACAGAGAUGAUUCUGUAACCUUUCCAGGAAUGAGCAACAAAAUUCCCAGCCAGCGUCAGUCAUUGUUCACUGCCGAAUUAUGCUACGUUGACGAUGGUACAGAUGGGACCGACACAGACACCAGCUCUUGGUUCCCAAGUUCAAAUCCUCAGGAUAUCCAGAGGAGUUCACAAACGAGCUAUGAUUAUCCACAAGGAGGAUCGCCGCCAACUAAAGACACUAUAGACAGAAUUACAGAAGAGUCGGAUCCUCUGGUGAAAGCAUUUGAGUCGUACUUAGGGACUGUAUCUGAUCACCAGGAGCUCUUGGUUGGUGUGAAUCCAGACGAGUCAUCCACAGGGUCAGACUCUCCAACGCAUCAAUCACACGUCACCGUGAACCACAGCGGGUACAACAACCCACAGUCCCAAACUUUACCUAAUUACGUCUCCUCGAAUGAGAAAGGAAUGAGAACGUCAAUCUCCUCUCUGGAUUCCCACUCCAGCAGUCAGCGGGUGAAAUCGCCAACAAGUCGGUUAUCGUCGGACGAAGAGGAACAUAACAGGAUCAAUAGCGAAAUUGGGAGUACCAUUGACCGCCCCUGGAGAAAUCCGAUUGAUUUCUCCACCAAGAAACCUCUUGACACUCAAGACGAACUAUGGCAAAAGAUUGUCUUGACUGUAGACCCUACUUGGAUAGACAAAUAUCACGAUCCACAGGACACGAAUGUCCCUAAAAAGAGUCCCAUAAAUGAAAAACUUAUUCGUGAAAACACUCCCGGAAUACGGUCACCUAUAAGUCCGCUCAUGAUGGAAGCAGUCGAACCAGCCCCAGCACAAGCCUUAGUUGACGGCCAACCGAAAGAAAUUACAUUCUUGAAAACCGAGGGUAGGGACAGCGGCUACGAAAUGGAGUCCGAUAAUCCCUUUCGCAGCCAACAGGAAUCUCCCAACAAUGUACAAAGUGUGUCUGAGACUUUUUCAUCAGACGACUGGAGUAAGUUGGACAACAUGGAACAUUCUGGCACAUCGAUUCUCUCUCAGCUCCAAAGAGACAGGUCUGUGAACGGUGAUCCGGUCAGCAAUUCAACCAGAAAGCAUGAAACAAAAGUUGAGAUUAAGAUAGACAGGUCUCAAACGAGUGACAGUAAAGGACAGUACUUCAGAGGGAACUUAUCGUUGACCCAAUCACAGCUUUCUAGGUCGCAACCGUUGUUGGGACCAGGUAAACAGAGCUCCAAGGAAGCCCGGGACGCCUUCUUUCAAAACAAGUCUCAAUCCAAAUCAUCAAGUGGUCAUUAUCACAGCUCCUCUCUGGAUUUAGAUUCCAGAAUGACAGGACCUCAAGUCACCCCUCAUUCAAGUUUCCGCCCUUGGAAGUCUGAAUCGGCUGAGGAGCCAACCUCGGAGGGUUCUUCUUCCCAUGGCAGAAGUCAUUCUUACAGUGGUGUUUUCUACCCGAGCCACGUGGGUCCGUCAGAACCCCGGUUUAGUCGUAUUGAUGAGGAGCUUGGUGGCGAAUCAUCAGAAUCAGGAUCGAGUAUCCGAUCACGUACUGAACCAGAUCGUAGACUGAGCAGCGUUAGUGGGGCAAGAAACAGUGUCAAAGAUAAUAGACGUAGCACUUCAGAUCCUAAGAGUUUGGACUUGCCACCCCGCAAAUCCUCGUCAGACUUGAGGUACUUUUCUGAGAACAUGGACUUCCCCAGCCAACAUCAAAAAUCCAAAUCAGAUUCGGAGCGGCAUCGUAAAGGGUCUGCAGGCGAACAGCGGCAUAAAUAUUCUGACCCCAGUGGUGCUAUACGGAAAUCUCACAGAGGAUCAGAUCUGGAGGACAAAAAAAUUAUAAAAGAUGCCCUGUUUGAUUUUGUUCAGUCUCGGAAAGGGCCUUCUCGAUCUGAUGGGAGUAGUUUUGGUUCUCAGCAGGGGGGUUUAUCUGGCUAUUCCUCCAUGAGUGAAUCUGUGUACUCAUCAACUGCCUCGAUAUACAAGAAACGGGACCCCAGCUUCAACAAUCAUUCAAGGGAUUCUUCCAUGUCCAGCCAAGCUUCUCAUCAUACCCACGUGGAUUCAGGAAUUGUGUCUCCUGUGGAAGCCUCAAUGUGGGGGCCUCAAUCCCCGAAGACCUCUCCGCCAGGUGGAGACCCCAAACAGCGUAUCCAGCACAGACAAUCGGUACCUGAUAACCCUUAUCAGAAUGAAAGAACCUCACCCGUCGAUAGAGCACGAGAUAAGUCCUGGCAGAGGAGUCACGAGUCCAUGGAUGACUACAGACCAGCUAAGAAGCCAGUCAAAAUUGGUCGGUCAUCAUCUAUGAGUCAAGCCAGCAGGAAGAAUCCUGAUGUUCGGGAUCGCUUUAAAGAGGACUCCAAGAAGGGAAUCUCACGUACUGAGACAUUCACUGCUACCCACGCCAGACAGUUCUCUCAUUCCACUUCUGCCACUUUACCUGCAAUGAGGCAACACAGGAAUUCCAAAGACAUUGGGCAGCAAUACACAACCAAAAUAGCACCCUCUGUUGACAGGACUCAGGCCAAGUUCGACGCGGACGAGCCGCCCGAGUUGCCCCCUAAGCAGGUGACUUACAAAUCUCCAGUUUCAUCUUACAAGGUGAAAGAGGCUCAACUCAAGCCAAUUGCCAAGGUGCAGUAUAAAGAUGACAGGUGCUACAUCAAUGAAGACAAACAGAAGACAGAGAGGAGAGUAUCUGCACCUCCUCAAGCUGUCUUUUCUUUCCCGAUGGCGUCUCAUCAAAGUCAGAAGAGAUAUACAUCACCGAAGACAUCUCCAACCCAUACCACAAGCAGAAAGGACUCUCCCCCAUCUCACCAAGCCAACACCGCCCCGUGGCUGGUAGCGGAAACCUCCCCGGACAACUUUGACUUGCCUCCCCCUCCAACUCCUCCCGCAAACUUGGUUAUCGCCGAGCUGGGUGGAGAUCUACCGCCACCCCCUCCAGAGGUGCUUCACAGCUAUACAUCUUUCCAGAAGGAGGAGAGAGAAGUGGUGGAAGAGCCUGUUACACAACGGAAUGUUGUAUCCACUCAUGCUGCAAUAAGCUUCCCUCCUCGGGGCAAACAAGACAAUCUCCUCGCCUCACCCUCAAGAUCCCCUCCCACAUCAAACACCCGCUCCCAACUCCAACCAGAAGAACGAUUCCCAGUGUCUAUUGACCUCGACAUUGACCCCAAGGGCAGAGCCAGGUCACAGACACCACCGUCGUUGUCAAAGAGCGAGGAACCAGAGCUACAAACUCAGGAAGUUGUUCCUGGGUCAUCUUAUGACGUCCUAGAUAGUGUCGAUAUCAGCAACGAAGUGCCUUCCUUCCAAUCCCGGAUCACAGCCAGUCCAACUACCAACAGACGGGCCAACCAGGAUUUAGACUUUGACGAUGAGGAAGGUCCCAUCGAGGUUGUGGAAAUUAUCCAGACCCCGACCGUGUCUCCGCGGAGAACUAAAAAGAGCCUUCCAGGAGGAGAAGACGACGUCGAGGAGCAGCAGGAGGCAGAGUCUCCAGAGGAAUUAGUGGACUGGGUUCUUCACUCCCUGAAUCCCCAGGACUCGUCGCUGAGAGAGUUGUUCAAGUUCCCGGAGGAGCCUGUUGUUGUCGAGAACGGCUCUCGGACAUCAUCCAAGAAGAUGCCUCAUGAAAAUAUUAAGAAAGCUGAGCCGCAGUCUCCGAAGAGGUCAGAGUGUGAUGUGAAGUCAUUGACCCAUGCCUUGUCUAGUUCCCUGUAUCUUCAAAUAUCCCCUGCCAAGGCGUUGCUGCUUACCAGAGCUAAAGGCAUGACAGGCAGCGACAUGGUGCAUGGUGAUAGUGCAGAACUAAGAAAAACUAAGGAGGAACUGAUUGGCAGAAUCGACAGGAAAGUGUCGGAGCUAAGCAAAGAGAAGUUUGAGCUACAGGAAGAAAUCAACACCCUUGAGGACUUAGGCAGACAAGUAACGGAUAACGUGAAGAAAUCGUGCAAAGCUAGCUCACUUGAUAAAUACCUGAUGUACGUUGGAGACGCCGAUAGAGUCACUAAGCUACUCCUGUCACUCUCAAGACGUCUCACUAAGGUCAACAGUGUCUUGGUUAGUCUAGAAGGAAACGACGACGAAGAACAAAAGGCGGACCUUGAGAAGAUGCACAAGGACCUGACCAACAAGUACGAGGACGCAAAGGGGUUAAAGGUCAGCAUAGAUGAGCGCCACGUCCAGAUCAGCAGCAUGCUCCAAGAUCAUCUCAGCACUGAGGAGUAUGAAGACUUCUGCCAUUUUGUCCCCAUGAGGUCACGGCUGAGAAUCAUGGCGCAGGAGCUGGAUGAUCGCAUCACACUUGGAGAGGAGCAGCUUCAGGCAUUGAAGGACAGCAUGAAGGAUGAGAGGUCAGAGGAUGAAAGGUCACUGCUCAGCCUGGACUCGAGCUGAUUGGAUCUAGUGUUGACGAUGUGACUUGUUCUCAUACCGGAGGUUAUACGUUCAUGACGGACAAUUACGUUAACUCUAAAUUGAGAAACAAGACCAGGCAGGACAACACAAUGUAUAUAUACCCCAAGUUGAGGAGAACUUCUAUUAGCGUACUGAAGAUGGCCCUCCGGCUCAAUCUGAAAUGUGAAUCGGAGAUUGAAGUAUGAGACCUUACACUCUUACCCUGACAAAGAGGGAAACUUUGCCCCUCAAGGUACCAGACGCGUUGGACGCGAUGAGAUUUUUUUUACUCAUUAUGGUGAAACUGAGCUGGCUUGGUUUCGACAACGGACAAGACGGAAAAAAUAAAACAGCCACUAUGAAUAUCAUUCCAAAGUGCAGUGUUGGGACUUUUGAAACACUACACUGACCAACGAUGCUGCCGUUAUAAUGAGUAGAUUAUAGCGCCCUCUAUAGACAUAGCCUCAUCGCCUGUGUGGAAUACUGCUGCGGGCGGAGACUAAGGAUGUAGUUGUCGUGGCGAUGUUUGUUUCGCAUGCCAACGAGAUGUUGUCGAUGAAACGACAACGAAAGAAUCUGCUGAGACCGCAGUUGGAAGGUUUUUUUAAUGUUGUAAAGUGCUUGUAAACCUUGUAGACUGUGUAGAUCUUUGAGAAUUCAAGUUGGAGAGAUUGGCUUUAUGCUGAAGUAUCGUGACGGCUUUUGUUUUAUUUUUUCCAAACCUUUUGAUUUUCAAGUUCAUUGUCGAUGUCGAUGUAGCAGUGAAACUCGCUAGGUACUUGUAAGUCUUUUCAUGUCCGUGUUUCUUGUUGUUGUUUUUUGUUUUGUUUGUUUGCACAUUGUAAACAAGCAGAGUUUGUACAUUUGUGAGCCGUGUUUAAAAAAAGUGCCAAGCACUGCUAACAUAAUGCAAGAAAGUACAGUUAAAGUUCAAUAGUACACGUUAACAUUUAAUUUAACCAUAUUGCUUAAUAAUUGCUAUCGUAUUAUAAGAAUAAUUAUUGUGUUUUUUUCUUGUUAUUGUCGUUUUCAAGAAUCAUAUUUAUGCCAUUGUAAAGAAGAGUGAAGGAACUGUUUUGUACGAAACACUCUGAUAAGUUAGCAAGGUAUAAUUGUAUAGUGUAUAACAUUCUUGCUGAUAUGUUUUUGUGUGUGUAUAUAUAUCCUAUGUACUGGUGUGAUAUUUCCUUGUGGCAUAGUUUCUUCCGUUCGCUGUCACUGUACGAGACAGUUUUUGAUGGCAUUAUUGUAAACAGGGUGUAGCUGUGUGCAUUCUAGUAUGAGAUCAUUCCGUACAUCACUGGCUCUGUGUCUCUUGUUUGCCCCCCCCCCCCAACCCUCAACCCAAAUUUCCUACCCCUCCCCACCCCUCCCCUGCCCAACCAUUACAUUAGCCUCAAUAUAGAUUUAGGACCAUUUCUUUGAUUACAAAUUGUUCUAAAACUUGCAGUUUUUUCCUUUCAACAAAAAAAAACCCUGUGAAGUACAAACUUGUUGUCAGCUCUAAUAACCAUUUGUAUUAAUGGGGAAAUUGCACACACAACUUAAGUAUAAAUUCAUGCAAUGUUUUUAGUCAUGAAUAUUCAUAAAAUGGCUCGCCAAUGAAUGAUGGGUCUUCUGAAUGCAAACCAUUACAUUUCUUCGUUUCUUCAUGUUUAAUCAUGUUACUCAUGUUUAUUUGUGGCUACUCUUGUUUAUUUAUGAAGCUAUUACAUUUGUGUGUCUGGCUUCCAGAAAGGCUGAAAAAAAAAUGUCUGCCAAUUUUUAUACAAAAUCAUGGAAUUGUCCAAUCUUGUGUGAGAAAAUUUAGAAUGAGUUAUUGCACUUAGAUCAGUAUUCUUUUUCAUAAUGGAAGCUUGAUGUAGUCCAAAUAUUUAACAAGUAAUUUAUUCUCAGUACCACUUAAAGGUAUUACCAAAGAUUAAGCCAAUAUCUUUUUAAUAUGAACCCUUGAUUAAUAACGCUAACUAUUUUUGGAUAAAAAAGGUAAAAUUUUGAAAAUUGGUAAAUAUUUGAUCAAAAUUUUCAUGUGUGAUUGUAAAUAAGAUUUUUUUAAAACAAUUUUGUCAGUGAUUUUAAAAAGAGGCAUGUGGGGUGCUUUGAAAAGUGAAAUAGUUCAUACUGAUUUAAUUUAGCUUUUUUAAACAAAAGAGUGAGCGAAAAAAAGAAGACUUGUUUUCCAGAAUUUGGUAACCAUGCAGCCUUUUCGAAACCUCGGCUUGUACUUGGCUUCAGGCUUCGUCUUAAGCUCGAACCACUGUGCAAAGUGUACGCUGCUCCCACAUUUACGAGGUUUGGAAAAUGCCCAUGGAAUCACUUUGGGUGCUCUUGCCAUUAAGCCAGCUAUAGUUAAAUCAGUGGGAGUCUGUCAACCAACGUCUCUCACUUAGUUUUGAGUUAACGGUUUACUGUAUUUAAAUAUUAAGUUUCUUUUAAUGUGGCCGUUUACUUUAUCAAGCAGUACUCAAAAUAACUGAAAACAGCGGGUGUGGCGCUGAAGUGUGUCAUGCUGUGUCCAAGCAUGCGACUUCGGCUACAGCUACGGCUAGAUCAGUGCAUCUACCAGUCUUGAAAAAUAGGCAGACGCACGCGAUCUAGCCGUAGCUGUAGCCGAAGUCGCCGUUUCUUACACGGCCUUAGUCAAAGUUUCAAUGUUUUUUGGCCUGUUUUUUUUUGAGGGGGGAGGGACAACUAAACUGAGAUAAGAUCAGAAAAUAUCUGAACUUGAAUAAUUCAGAAGCUGCCGGAUGACAAGUUGAAGUUUAGAGCCUUAUCGUAUCUGGUCAGUGUGUAAUAGUGCGGCGAAAAAGAAAACCAAAAUGCUGAUCUACACAAAAAACUUUUUUGUUUUAAUUUUUUUUGUUUAUUUGAUAGAUCUAUGGUGAACCUUCUCUUCUUUUUAACAAUCCAUAGCGACAUGGGGAUUCCAGGUUGCCUUGGUGAAAUAAUUUAUUAAGUGCCAAAUUUCAUUUCAAAGCCUCACAUUUUAUUGGAAAUAUUUCCUCUCGUCAGACGUAGUGUCCACCAGAGUGAAACCAUUUCGAGAAAAUUUUUUGGUUUUGGAAAAUCUAUAAAAUUAGAGUGAAUUCUCUUGCUAGGUUAAACAUGACAACAGUUAAUGGCUUCAGUAGAUAACAAUACAAGUAUAUCAGAUUCGGUGAUUGGUGUAAACUACAAUAUUUUUUAGAAAUACUAAAAAAUCAAGUCACCAUGAACAAUACUGCUCUUUAAUAUGGUGCAAUAGCUUUUUAUCCCUAUUUUUUACUCUUUUUUAAAUUUCAUGUUAAAGCUGUUGAGGAUUUUCAGUGGGAAAUUUUCUUUAGACUCUGUCAAUAAGCAAAAGGCUUGAAGAUUUAGGGAGUCAGCCUUGUUUAAAAACUACCAUCAUCUGUUGAUGUUUUGUUUUUGUUUUUUUCCGGUGUCUCCAAUUUGUGUGUAGUUCAAGAUUCUUAAAGUUGUGUUAAAAAAAGACUUCUUUUUAGGUAACUUUAUUGUAUGCACUCAUUUGUAGUGAGCAAGUGUCAAUCGGAGACUUUUUGAACACUAGGUGGCAGCAGACUUACCAGGAAAAUCCAUUGUUUUAAAGUAAUGUGCGCAUGCUCAGAACUAUGUAAACAAUGAAAAGUUACCUGGUAAGUCUGCUGCCACCUUGCAUUCCAAAGUCUCCUAUUGAGAGGUUAACUCACAUUAUUAUCAUAAAGCCUAUUUAUAAGAAUUUGUUUGUACAUUAAAAAUAAUGAAAACUAGAAAAUACAAACUAUGCUUAACUAGUUUUUUUCUCUUCUUUUUGUGCUUAUGGUAAGAUUUUCAGCCGCUUUGGGAACUACUUUUUUAUUCCAAAGUCUGCAUAAUAUCUUCCCCGAACUGUAUAUUUUGUGAAUAGGAAGAGAGAAAAAAAAACACUUAUGAAGUGAAAAUAAUAAACGGUUUAAAUUUUUUAAAUAGUCAGUUUUUCAAAGUGUAAUUCACAGAGUUAAACCAGCUUGGAAUUGGGCGUUUCGGGGCUUUUUGCAGUUGGUCGUACAACACUUAGCUUGUUGUAUUGUACAUAGUCCCUUUUCAAAUUUUCAGCUUUGGAUUUGGCUUCCGGCUCCGUUCUCUUGUCUGAAGCUUUGAGCACGUAUGUAAAGCACGCGCAGUUGUCAAAACAACUACGGGGCUAAGCUAGCCUAAGCCGAAUCUGGAGCUGAAGCCAUGGUUUCGAAAAGGGCCAUCAUCCCAUUGUGUUGAGUAACAAAAUGACCCUCAGGGGAUCGGUAUUUUGUUGGUUUCAGACGCUGUUCGGAUUUGGCGGGACGUACCUAUAUAGACGUGUUUGGAGUUAACAAUAAAAUGGAUACAGAGCUUAAAAAGUUUA